UCCUAUGUGCAUAUAUAAAUAACCUCAAUCCUAUUUUCAAACCCAAAAUAAGAAACAAAACCAUCUAUUCAUUUGUCCCAAAGUACAAACUUUAUUUGGUGUUCAUAAAAAAUGGCCAUUUCACCAAGAAAACUUAGAUAUGAUGUGUUUUCAUAUUCAUAUCAACAAGACUCUAAAACCCCUUUAGUCAUCUCAGUUCUUGCUUCUCUCAUUGAAAGAACUUUGGCUAGAAAUGAGAGAAUUGGAAGAAAAUGUGACUUAAUUAGUGUCAAGCAACAAUAUGGUUCAUCAAAAACUAGUAGGAGGGUUAGGGUGUUUGAUUGCAAUGAAACACCAGAUAUGACAAUUCAAUCAUAUCUUGAAAGAAUUUUUAGGUACACUAGAGCUGGACCAUCAGUAUAUGUUGUUGCAUAUGUUUAUAUUGAUCGGUUUUGCCGGUCGUUGCCCGAGUUUCGAAUAACUGCCCACAAUGUUCAUAGGCUUUUGAUCACAACUAUAAUGGUGGCUUCUAAGUAUGUUGAAGACAUGAAUUAUAGAAAUUCAUAUUUUGCAAGAGUUGGCGGCAUAACAACAAAGGAAAUGAACACAUUAGAACUGGAGUUUCUGUUCUUGAUGAAUUUCAAAAUGCAUGUAAAUGUGAGUGUUUUUGAGAGCUAUUGUUGUCAUUUAGAAAGGGAAGUGAGCAUUGGAGGUGGUUAUCAUAUCGAAAAAACGUUACGAUGUGCUGAGGAAAUCAAAAUGCAACAACGAGGGUAUAAUCAGAUUUCCCGAAUAACGUUGUAAAUCGUUCUGUUUAUUAAUUAAGUAAACAUAGAAAUUAUGUACAAAUUAAGAAAGUUUUGAAGGAGUUUAAUUUUAAUUAGUUGCUUCAAACAAA